AUGGAUCCUCUGCGAACAUCCCACUCGGGUCCUCGGAAGAAGAGACCCAGGCAGACUGGGGCCUCCGUGAGCUCCACUCCUCACGACAUCAGAUUUCGAGAUUUGGUCCUCUUCAUUUUGGAGAAGAAAAUGGGAACCACCCGCAGAUCCUUCCUCAUGGAGCUGGCCCGCAGGAAAGGGUUCAGGGUUGAAAAUGAGCUCAGUGAUUCUGUCACCCACAUUGUAGCAGAGAACAACUCGGGUUCCGACGUUCUGGAGUGGCUUCAGGUACAGAACAUCAAAGCCAGCUCCCAGCUGGAACUCCUAGACAUCUCCUGGCUGAUAGAGUGCAUGCGGGCAGGGAGACCAGUGGAGACAACAGGGAAACACCAGCUUGUGAGUGUGAGAAGAGCUGACUCAGCCCACUCCAACCCAGACCCCCAGAGGAUCCCAGCACAUGCUGUGCGAAAGAUCUCCCAGUACGCAUGUCAGAGAAGAACAACUUUAGACAACCAUAACCACGUAUUCACGGAUGCUUUUGAGGUCUUGGCUGAAAAUUAUGAGUUUAGAGAAAAUGAAGGUUGUUAUCUGAUAUUUAUGAGAGCAGCUUCCGUACUGAAAUCUCUGCCAUUCACCAUCAGCAGCAUGAAGGACAUCGAGGGAAUUCCCUGCCUGGGGGACAAGGUGAAGUGUAUCAUAGAGGAAAUCAUUGAAGAUGGAGAAAGUUCUGAAGUGAAAGCUGUCUUAAAUGAUGAACGAUAUAAAUCCUUCAAACUCUUCACUUCUGUUUUUGGAGUGGGAUUGAAGACAUCUGAGAGAUGGUUCAGAAUGGGUUUCAGAAGUCUGAGCAAAAUAAGAUCAGACAAAAGCCUAAAAUUUACACACAUGCAGAAAGCAGGAUUCCUCUAUUAUGAAGACCUCGUCAGCUGUGUGACCAGGGCAGAAGCAGAGGCAGUAAGCCUGCUGGUUAAAGAGGCUGUCUGGGCAUUUCUUCCAGAUGCUUUUGUCACCAUGACAGGAGGAUUCCGGAGGGGUAAGAAGAUUGGGCACGAUGUAGAUUUUUUAAUUACCAGCCCAGAAGCAACAGAGGAAGAAGAACAACAACUGUUGCAUAAAGUGACAAACUUAUGGCAAAAGAAGGGGUUACUUCUAUACUGUGACCUUGUGGAGUCAACAUUUGAAAAGCUCAAGAUACCUAGCAGGAAGGUGGAUGCACUAGAUCAUUUUCAAAAAUGCUUUCUGAUUCUAAAAUUGGACCAUCAGAGAGUGGACAGUGACAAGGCCAGCCAGCAGGAUGGGAAGACCUGGAAGGCCAUCCGUGUGGACUUGGUCAUGUGCCCCUACGAGCGCCGUGCCUUUGCCCUGCUGGGAUGGACCGGCUCCCCGCAGUUUGAGAGAGACCUCCGUCGCUUUGCCACACACGAGCGGAAGAUGGUGCUGGAUAACCACGCUUUAUAUGACAAAACCAAGAGGAUAUUUCUCAAAGCAGAAAGUGAAGAAGAAAUAUUUGCACAUCUGGGAUUGGAUUACAUUGAACCAUGGGAAAGAAAUGCCUAG